AGGGGGCGAACGAGCGAAUACAGGAGUGAGAAGAGAGAGGAGGGAGCUGCUGCAGUAUCCUCAUAUUGCUUGGCGCUCGACUGCGGGACUGACUGGUGUGUGGAGAGAGAGAGAGAGAGAGAAAGCGAGAGAGAGUAUGAGAAAAAGAGAGAGAGUAUGAGAAAAAGAGAGAGUAUGAGAAAAAGAGAGAGAGAGAGAGUGCGAGAGACCUAGAGACAGAAGGGGGAGGGGAAGACUCCGGUGCUGAUGAGAGGCAGCAGGCGGCGACGGCAUCAGCAUUAGCAUCAGCUCUUUUUUUUGUGCCGUGCUGCUGAGGACCAGCCACCUCACAGGGUGCUCUCCUAUCCUCCGGCGCUUCUAGCGCCACCGUCUCUCCCCCCGUCUUUCCCUCAUCUCUCCCUUCUGGCAGCGACCGACGCUGACACGGGAGGCGCUGACGCAGGGACUGGCACGAGGACCACGAGAAUUGGUGCAAGCAACGGCGCAGGGACGGACAGGGCCAGGGGCUCAGCGGCAUCGGCACCAUGGCGCAAGCCGCCAAGCAGCUCCGUAAGAACAAGGACUUAGCAGAAGCCGCGGCCCAGGAGCUGAGGGAGAAGGAGGAGGAGAAGCUCAAGAAGAGGAACCGCUCCAAGGACCGUCGGCGCAAGGCAGACGCAACGACCAGCUUCCUGCGGGCGGCGCGCUCGGGUAAUCUGGACAAGGCUCUGGAUCACAUCAAGAACGGCAUCAACAUCAACAUAGCCAAUCAGAAUGGACUGAACGGGCUGCACUUGGCAUCGAAGGAAGGUCAUGUGAAGAUGGUGCUGGAGCUGUUACACAAUGGGAUCGAUCUGGAGGGCACAACAAAGAAAGGGAAUACUGCACUACACAUUGCAGCCCUGGCUGGUCAGGAGAAGGUCGUUGCUGAGCUCGCCCACUAUGGUGCCAACGUCAAUGCCCAGUCUCAGAAAGGGUUCAGCCCGUUGUACAUGGCGGCUCAGGAGAACCACUUGGAGGUGGUGAAGUUCCUGUUGGAGAACGGAGCCAAUCAGAGUCUCCCGACUGAGGAUGGCUUCACACCGCUGGCUGUGGCUCUGCAGCAGGGCCACGAAAACGUGGUGGCCCUUCUCAUCAAUUACGGCACCAAGGGAAAGGUACGACUGCCCGCUCUCCAUAUAGCCGCCCGCAACGAUGACACGCGCACCGCGGCCGUGCUGCUACAGAACGACCCCAACCCAGACGUCCUCAGCAAGACCGGCUUUACUCCUCUCCACAUCGCGGCUCAUUACGAGAACCUGAGUGUCGCACAGCUGCUGAUAAACCGAGGAGCCAACGUGAACUUCACACCGAAGAAUGGCAUCACUCCGUUACACAUCGCUGCCAGGAGGGGAAACGUCAUCAUGGUUCGUUUACUCCUGGACAGAGGAGCGCAAAUAGACGCCAGGACGAAGGAUGAGCUGACCCCACUGCACUGCGCGGCGAGGAACGGCCACGUCCGGGUCAUCGAGAUCCUCCUGGACCAGGGAGCGCCCAUCCAGGCCAAAACGAAGAACGGACUGUCUCCCAUCCACAUGGCGGCGCAGGGCGAUCACAUGGACUGCGUCCGUCAGCUGCUGCAGUACAACGCAGAGAUCGACGACAUCACUCUGGACCACUUGACGCCGCUGCAUGUGGCAGCGCACUGCGGUCACCAUCGCAUGGCCAAGGUGCUGCUGGACAAGGGGGCCAAGGCCAACGCCCGUGCACUGAACGGCUUUACUCCGCUGCACAUCGCCUGUAAGAAGAACCACAUGCGCUCCAUGGACCUGCUGCUCAAGCACUCGGCAUCUCUGGAGGCCGUGACCGAGUCCGGUCUGACUCCUCUCCAUGUGGCAGCAUUUAUGGGGCACCUCAACAUCGUGAAGAGUCUCCUGCAGAGAGGAGCUUCUCCAAACGCAUCCAACGUGAAAGUGGAGACUCCGCUGCACAUGGCCGCUCGGGCCGGACAUUGUGAGGUGGCUCAGUUCCUGCUGCAGAACUCCGCCCAGGUGGACGCUAAAGCUAAGGAUGACCAGACUCCGCUCCACUGUGCAGCUCGGAUGGGACAUAAGGAGCUGGUCAAACUGUUGCUGGAACACAAGUCCAACCCCGACUCGGCCACCACGGCCGGCCACACCCCCCUGCACAUCGCCGCCCGGGAGGGACACGCCCACACCACACGCAUUCUUUUAGACGGCAACGCCCAGCAAACCAAGAUGACCAAGAAAGGAUUCACUCCGCUCCACGUGGCGUGUAAAUACGGAAAGGUGGACGUAGCAGAACUUCUGCUGGAGAGAGGAGCCAAUCCCAACGCUGCUGGGAAGCAGAAUGGACUGACCCCUCUGCAUGUAGCUGUCCAUCACAACAACCUGGACGUGGUGAAGCUGCUGGUCAGCAAGGGCGGGUCUCCACACAGCACCGCCCGGAACGGCUACACUCCGCUGCACAUCGCCGCUAAGCAGAAUCAGCUAGAGGUGGCCAGCAGUUUGCUGCAGUCCGGAGCCAACGCCAACGCCGAGUCCCUGCAGGGCAUCACGCCCCUUCACCUGGCCGCUCAGGAAGGACGACCCGACAUGGUGGCGCUGCUCAUCUCCAAACAGGCCAGCGUCAACCUGGGCAAUAAGAACGGUCUGACGCCUUUGCACCUGGUGGCGCAGGAGGGGCACGUGGGCAUCGCCGACAUGCUGGUCAAGCAGGGCGCUUCAGUCUAUGCAGCUUCAAGGAUGGGAUACACCCCCCUACAUGUAGCAUGUCAUUAUGGCAACAUAAAGAUGGUCAAGUUUCUUCUUCAGCAGCAAGCUCACGUGAACAGCAAGACCCGAGUGGGCUACACUCCCCUGCAUCAGGCGGCUCAGCAGGGUCACACGGACAUCGUCACCCUGCUGCUGAAACAUGGAGCCCUGCCCAAUGAGAUCACGACUAAUGGCACCUCACCCCUGGGCAUUGCCAAGCGGCUCGGCUACAUCUCCGUCAUCGACGUGCUCAAGCUGGUGACCGAGGAAUCGGUAUCCAUGAUCACCGUCGAGAAGCACCGGAUGAGCUUCCCCGAGACGGUGGAUGAAAUUUUGGAUGUGUCGGAGGACGAAGGAGCUGCACAGCUAACACUAGGAGACGAGCUGCUGGGAAUGGACGGCGCUCGCUACCUGAAGCUGGACGACCUAAAAGACCAGGAUGAAGACUUCCUUUCACCCAAAAAGUCUCUGCGGGAGUUUGAGAGUGGCAUGGGCAUGACACCUUACUCACCAGCUAUUCCCAGAAUUCCUUGUGUAUCUCCAGAGACUGUCAUGCUGGACCAGCACACCCCGAUCCCUUUACCUAAGGAGUAUGAUGAUGACUCUUUAAUCCCCAGUAGUCCUGCUACAGAAACCUCCGACAACGUUAGUCCAGUGGCCAGUCCCAUCCACACCGGGUUCCUGGUCAGCUUUAUGGUGGAUGCGAGGGGCGGGUCCAUGAGGGGCAGCAGGCACAACGGCCUGCGCGUCAUCAUCCCUCCGCGUACGUGCGCCGCCCCGACACGCAUCACCUGCCGUCUGGUCAAACCCCAGAAACUCACCACCCCUCCUCCGCUGGUGGAGGGAGAAGGUCUGGCCUCCCGCAUCAUCUCGCUGGGACCCUCCAGCAUGCAGUUCCUGGGACCGGUGAUCGUGGAGAUCCCACACUUCGCCUCGCUGGGCCGGGGCGAUCGGGAACUGGUGGUCCUGCGCAGCGAGAACGGCUCGGUGUGGAAGGAGCAUCGCAGUCGCUACGGUGACGAGAUGUUAGACAGCAUCCUGAACGGCAUGGACGAAGAUCUGGAGAGUCAGGAGGAGCUGGAGAAGAAGAGGAUCCGCCGGAUCAUCUCCACCGAUUUUCCUCUCUACUUCGCCGUGGUGUCGCGCGUGCAGCAGGAGAGCGAUCUGAUUGGCCCGGAGGGGGGGCAGCUGAUGAGCAAGCUGGUGCCCCAGGUCCAGGCCAUCUUCCCCGAGACGGCGGUCACCAAGCGAGUGAGGCUGGGCCUGCAGGCUCAGCCGAUUCCAGACGAGCUGCUGACCCGGCACCUGGGGAACCAGGCCACGUUCAGCCCCGUGGUGACGGUGGAGCCGCGCAGACGCAAGUUCCACCGCCCCAUCGGCCUGCGCAUCCCCCUGCCGCCCUCCUGGAGGGAGAGUCUGCGCGACGCCGGCGAGGGCGACACCACCAGCCUGCGCCUCCUCUGCAGCGUUAUCGGUGGUACGGCCCCCGCCCAGUGGGAGGACAUCACCGGCACCACCAAGCUCAUGUACUCCAACAGCUGCGCCAACUUUACCACCAACGUAUCCGCCAGGUUCUGGCUGGCCGACUGUCCCCGGACGGCGGAGGUCGUGACCUUCGCUAACCUGCUGUACCGCGAGCUGACGGCCGUGCCCUACAUGGCCAAGUUUGUGGUGUUCGCCAAGAUGAACGAGGCGCGCGAGGGCCGUCUGCGCUGCUACUGCAUGACCGACGACAAGAUGGAUAAAACCCUGGAGCUGCACGAGAACUUCAGCGAGGUGGCGCGCAGCCGGGACAUCGAGGUCAUGGAAGGGAUGCCUCUGCACUUGGAGUGCUCCGGGAACCUGGUACCGGUGCGUAAGGCCACGCAGCAGCCUCGUACCUUCAGCUUCCAGGCCUUCAGAGAUAACCGGCUGCCCGUCUCAGUGAAGGUGAGAGACGGCAAUAAGGACUCCACCGGGUUCCUUUCCUUCCUCAGAAAGAGCACCAAAUACGAGGACACGCAGCACGUGCUGUGUAACCUCAACAUCACCAUGCCACCCUGUGUCAAGGUGUCGGGUGGUGAAGAGCGCAGACGGACCCUGACGCCCCUGGCCCUGAGGGAGAGGUACAGCGCCCUGAGCGAGUCCGGCCUCGCCGCCGUGAAUGUGACCGAGAGAACAGAGCUGAAGGUCACGCCCAUCUCUGAGCAGCUGGGCUUAAGCUGGACAGAGUUAGCGCGGGAGCUGCAGUUCGGGGUUGACGACAUUAACAGGAUACGAGUCGAGAAUCCCAAUUCGUUACUGGAUCAGAGUUCGGCGUUACUGAACCUGUGGGCCGGCCGAGAGGGCAAGCGGGCACAAAUGGAGAACCUGUGCAGGGCGCUGAGGAACAUUGACCGCUCGGACAUCGUGAAGUCUCUGGAGGACCAGGCUCCGCAGGCCGUGCCCGAGGCCGGAGAGGAGGGAGCCUGCAGACUGGCCGAGCGUGACUCCGCCCUGCUCUCUCCCAGUGUCCUUAAUGGUUUUGGGCUGGUGCAGGAGGAGCUGCUCUCCCCAGCCUCAGUGCAGUACAGCCUUCCCUCUCCGCUCGGCCCCGAGCCCUACUGGCAGGAGGUGUCCAGCCUGGAGUGCGCUCCCAUCGCCACCACCGAGGAGGACACCUUGAUGGAGAUGUCGGACGUCCAGGUGUGGCCGGCGGGCAUCAGUCCGUCCCUGGUGACGGUCGAGGACUCGUCCCUGGACGGCAGCAGCCGCGCCGACGACUCGGAGCCCAACACGCUGAGUCUGCCGUGCAGCAGUAGCAUCGGGCGUCCCAGCAGCGGCGCCAGCGGGGCCAGCGGCUCCAUUAUGGAGCUGGAGGAAGAGGAGGAGGAAGAGGAGGUGGACGAAGAGGACAUGCAGCACGACGCGGAGAGGGAGAGGGAGAGGGUCCACGCCGGUGGCGCCGUCCCCAAGGCCAGCCACAACGGGCAGGUUGGAGGUCAGAGGUCUGAGGUCAAGAGGGUGGAGGCAGUGGCGGCUGGCGGCAGCGUGGCGGGUGGAGCUAGAGGAGGAGCGAUAGGAGGAGGAGGAGGGAUUGGAGUAGGCACGAGCUCAGUGGAAAGGUUUUCUGUUCUUACAGGGCAGCAGAUCUACGCUCAGCUUCGAGAGAAAACCGGCCUGACCCGAGCGCUCGAGCACAACGGAGACAGGCUGAGUGCCGGUGCGUUUCACCCCUACCUCCAGGAGAAGGAGGCCGUCUCCGAGUCCCUGCACGGCUGGGUCCAGGCGAAGGGCGUGGCCGAGCAGAGCCAGGCCCGCGUGGCCCAGGAGGCCCUGCAGACUCAGAGGGACGAGGCGGAUUUUGGCGGAGAACAUCUGAGUGAGGAGCAGUUUACUGAUGAACAUGGCAACGUGGUCUCCAAGCUGAGUGUUGAAGUGAAGCGGGGCACAACGGCAGUGAAGCAUGCCAGUCUGAGGAGUGUAAAGCACUGAAACGAACACACACUGUCCUAAAGGGCCGGAUGUUCACUGCCAAACCAUCCUUCACCUGAACACAUCGGGGGUGAUGCAGAGAGAGACGAUGGCAGGAGGGGGGGAAAGCCGCCGAAAGAAACACAUCCACCGAAAACUGACGAGGAGCAGCACCCGAGGAGGAGGAGGAAGAAGAGGAGGAGGAGGAGGAGGAGAUCUACCUGUACUUUUGUAACAUUUUUAAAAGAGAACUAUAACGACUAGGUUAGGGCAUGAUCUUUUUAUAUAAAAGCUCAUGAACAACAACAAAAAAAAUCAACAAAACGUGCUUCCUGUCAACUGUAAAUGCAUGAUGAUCGACUGCUGGUGCAUGACCUACGACCUUCGAGCUGUCAUUAUCUAUAAACUGAACAGGGGCGAGGUGAAGGGCCGUCAGGGGACGACAACAACAGCCAAAAAAAAAAAGAUGAAUCAACCUGUUCCGUUCCGUUGUUUUGUUUUCCUCGGAGGGACGGACGGGACGACGCGAGCGCGGCGCCGCUUCAUCUCGGCGCGCCCUUUAUCCCGCCGUUCUCUGUGAUAUAUGCACUCUUGCUAUGCCAACGAGUCCGUGUGUGCGCGUGUUUCCGUAUCUAAUGCAUGUGUAUUGCUUCCGGCUCUGUGUGUGUGUGUGUGUGAACCAGCCUGCUGCUCUUUUUACUCUGUGUGUGUGUGUGUGUGUGUGUGUGUGUCUGUAUCAGUAUUUUUUGGGUCCUUAAGGUCUGUUUGUAGUUUAACGAGGCCGGUCGUGGCACGAGUUGGCUAUGAAUCACGGAGGAAAUGAGUACAGGCUCCGCCCACAUGCUUUUAAAACUUCGAUUCCUUUUAAUGCUGCGUUCAACUUAGCUUUCGUCGGCCGCUCAGGUGGCGCAGCGGUAAAAUACACUAGCACAACAGGGCUGGGAUUUCGAAUACAUCGUAUCGACACUCAGCUCUGCCAUCCGGCUGGGCUGGGAGGCUGCAUGAACAACGAUUGUUAGGGGCAAGUCGGAUCAUGGGUCCUCAUAACUGGUGCAAUUACGACCCCUGCUGGCUGAUUGAUGGCGCCUGCAUAGGGCUGAGGAAUAAUGCUGAUCAGGGUGUGGCUCUCCAUACACAGUGCUGAUCGGUGGAUAUGAACUCAACGCGUGCAGGUGAAAAAUGCAGUCUGUACUGAGCACGUGUCGGAGGGGGCGUGUGUCAGUUAAGAAGUGUCCUCAGUCAGCGGUGGAGGGUUGAAUCAGUGGAGGAUGCAGUCAGGGUAAUUGGACAUGACUAAAUUAGAGGAGGAGUUGGAAAAAUAGAAAAUUAAAAAAAUGUACCUUUUGUCAAUUUGAAAGAAUAGUGGACAAAAUAUAGACAGGGUCAAUAAACGUGGUCAUUUGGUUGGUCUGUUUGAUGAUCCUCAAAAUUAGACUAAGACUUUUAAUGGUAAAGCCUCAGUGGAACUUCAGAGACCAAACCUCAACUCCUUUGGGGUCAGUCGGAAUUUGAAACGCACAGCCAGAAUCCUGUGGAUAGCUUUUCCAGAAGAGCGGAGCCUGUUAUUGCCACAAAUAACGUGAAAGUGGACUUUUCAUAUUAACGUUAAUGCUUUUAGAAUGUGACGUCCACAUACUUAUGAUGUACAGAAGUGCAGGCUAGCACACCAGCGCCGAGAUUCUGAACUCCUCGCUUCGUUGCCACCGGUCGGCUGGGCGCCAUCUAGCGGGCAUAAUCGGCAGUGCCCGCAGCAGACACGUCUCUGCUAGGGCGGGAUGACCGGACUACGUGGGUGGGCUUUUCAAACGCUGUGUGAGGACCCUGAUUAGCAGAUAGAGAGGUGCCUGUGCAGAAUGCAUGGGUAAACAAGGGUUUCGCCAACGGUCGGAGGUGGUGUGAGCAGGAAUACACCCACCUCGACUGCAAUCAGGGAUCCACCAGCAGCACUAAACUGGGAGAAAACUCUGGUUGGGCGCCUACACGGACAAUGAUUGGCUCGUCCGAAGGAAGGAGGGUUGUAGUGAUUCCUUAUAAUUGCUGCACUUAUAGCUCUGCUGAUUGAUCAAUGACCUUCAAGGAAACGGGGGAUAAUAGAGAUCAGUGCAUGACUCUCAGUGCGCGAUACGGAUCUCCAUAUAAACUCGCCCCAUUUACACGCCCCAUGUUAAUGAAAAUGUAAAUGGUGAUAGAAGCGGUCUGGUAAU